AUGUCUCGCUACGCAGACGCUCACAAGAAUACCUCUGGCCCUGGCGAUGCUCGUCCGACAGCCCUUCAAAUCGUGCGCGAUGAGGAUCUUGAGGGUGCUUUGACAGAUAAGGUGUUUUUGAUCACUGGUACCUCGGCGGGGAUUGGCGUUGAGGUUGGCCGUGCUAUUGCUGCUACCGGCGCCCGUGUUUUCCUCGCUGUGCGUGAUCUAGAAAAGGGCAAGGCUGCGUGCUCUUCUUUCUUGAAGCCAGGUCAAGUUGACUUGAUACGUCUUGAUACAUCCGACAUGUCCUCCGUUCGUGCAUGCGCCGCUGAGUUCCUGGAGAAAUCGCCUACACUCAAUGUCCUUAUCAACAACGCCGCCAUCAUGGCAACACCUACCCGCAUCGAGACCAAGGAUGGUUUCGAGCAACAACUGGCUACCAACUAUCUCGGCCACUUCCUCCUCUUCUGGCUACUCAAAGACGCCCUCCUCAAAGGGUCAACGCCCGAGUUCAACUCACGCCUAGUCAACGUGUCUUCCUCAGGCCACCACGCAUCAGAGGUCAUCUACGACGACUUCCAGCUCAAAGCCCCCGACGCUUACAAUCCUUUCAAAGCCUACGGCCAAAGCAAACUCGCCCAGAUCUACAUGUCCAACUACAUCGACCGUGUUUACGGCCCAAAGGGUCUCCACGCUACUAGCGUCAUGCCCGGUGGAAUCACAUCAAACCUCCAGAAGCAUCUACCUGAGGCGGUGCACAGGGACAUGAAGGAGAACCCAUCGACGAUCAAUUUCAUGAAAAGCCCCGAGCAAGGUGCUGCGACUACGGUUCUGGCAGCAGUUGGCAAGGAGUGGGAGGGAAAGGGCGGGAAAUAUCUUGAGAACUGUCGACCAUCCAUGCCGCAGCCGUUGAUCCCAGGUAUGAUGGGGUAUAAGGAUUAUAUCUAUGUUUCGGAGAAGGAGAACCAAACCUGGGAGCUUACUUUGGAGACCUUGGGUCUCCAGGAGACGUCUUAG